AUGCCUUUAUGGUUCGAAAAAUGGAUGCUUGCCAGCGGUGGGCGGCGACUACCCAGACCAAAAAAGCCCCAUCAAGGAAGAGGUUCCGCCGCUCAUGAGCCACGGGACAGUACCGAUGGAUACAGUGGCUUUCCACAGCAUAGAACCGACCGUGGUCGAAGAGAUGGGCCCUUGAAUCAAUCAUACGGAAACCACGUCGCGGAUCCUCCACGUCGAAGCUAUGAGUCCUAUAGCGGCGACUAUGAUCGUAUGGACGAAAUAAAUGCCCUCCCACAGGAUGACGACUUCCGCUGGGAUCCAGAUCGAUUCGAAUCUGAAGGGUAUUAUGAUGGUCCGAGAAAUGAAUGGGACUCGCAACACUUCAUGGGCCCCCAUCCAUUCGAACCUCGAGGAUAUGGUCCCGAGGACUUUAUGGGCCCAGCGAGGGGUGAGACUCGUUUUAUAUUUGUUCCAUCACGACGUUUUGGUUUCCUGCCCCCACGCAUGCCAGCUCAAACACCACCACUGUACUACGAUCCACCGUUAGCACCAUCGACAAUGGAACCACUGUGGAUGCGCCCUCCUAGACGGAGACCCCAUCCGCCUAGACGAGCAGUCGACUGUGACACUGAUUGCAGUUGUUCUGUAUCUGAAUCGGAGGAUGGGCCGGAAAUUGAAAAUAUGGAGAGGGCGGCCAGAGAAUUUAGGGAAAAGAGAAGAAAAGAAUCACAACUGGGGAGACUGCGACGAUGGUUUCGAACUUAG